CUUUCUUUUGUUUUCAGACGACUCUUGUUCAAUCAGUUCAUUAUAUUAAACAGAACAGAACAAGCAUAAAGACAAAGAGAAGAAAGAGGUCUUUUUUCCUUCUCUUUCAGUUCAACACACAGACACACACCGACAAAAGAGAAGAAGCAAAGGAAGAAAUAACAGAAGAGACACAGACAGCAUGUCGCCCCAGGAAUUCAUCAACUCGCCCAAAUACGGCUCAGCCACUCUCAUCCCCUUUGAUCCCAACAGCGAGGCCCAGUGCAAGCGGCUAUACGAGCAGCGCCUGGCGUGUUCGUGGGACUACGACUUGAUUGAGGAAUGGAGGGCCAAAGUGCGCGAGGGGACGAAAUUCAUGUACUGGAUUACGAUUAACGAUGAGUUGCCUGAGAAAGCCGACUAUCUGGCUAAACACAUUGAAAGAUUUCCGAAAGAAAAAGAAGCCAUCGUCGACACAGCAGAAACUCUGGGCAAGUCAUCGAGAACACCAACGCUAAUCUCCUUCAUCCCCAUCGGCCACAUUGCCCUUGAAUUAUAUCCGGAACGCCAGGAACAGUAUUCCCUGCCCGAUUCCACCGUAUGGAUCAAGUCUCUGUAUAUUUCAUGGGCCAUCCAAGCCGGCGGCUUCGGCCGCUCCGCAAUGCACCAGCUCGAGCGCCUCGCCGCCCUCCCUCCCCUCAACGCCACCGUCAUGGCCCUCGACACCACGACGAAAAAGUUCCAGACCACCCCCGAGAGCAUCGCCAUCUUUAACAAGAUCCGCGGCUCCGAGGUCGCCAGCGCAGACUUCCGCUCCAACGAGGAGUGGUACACGCGCCAGGGGUACGACAUCAUUUGUUAUGUUGACGAGAUGUACAAGUGGGUGGACCAGGAGACGGGGAUUGCGAUUUCGGUGCCGUCGGUGUUUAUGAAGAAGCAGCUUGUUUGAACGCUUGAUGGAGUUGAGUUGGUUUCUGUUGUUUCAAAGGGGGGCGUUUUUUAGACGGUGUAGAUGCAAUGGUUGCUGUAGGUUUACAGUGUAUACAAUGGAAGUGUUGUUUGUUAAUUAUCGCCUUUGAG